CACUAGAGCGCACUAAGAUCAAACAUGUCUGCCUUGAAUUUCUGUAACAAGUUGUAAGUUUUUUGUUGAUGUUAAAUGUUGACAAAGCUGUUUUGUUAAGUUAUAAUGUGAUAGUUAUUAUUUUUAUAGGUUGUUAUUGGUUUAAAAAAUGGUUUAGUACUGUUAAAAUGUGUGCAAGUGUCAAGUUAUCAAAGGAGUUCGCUGUGUUUAAUACUUCAAACAACAUCAAAGGGACAGGUAUUUCUAAGGGUCGCAGCCCAGAGUCACAUGUCACACACCGCAUAUUGUGACGUGCCAGGAGUGAGUGGUUAGUGACUAUUCUGCCAUCUGACCGUCCUGAAAACUGCUCCCUCCAUCGGCUACACCAUUUACUGGCGCGAUGGUAGUGCAGCGUAGUGGCUGGCGGGAAGGCUCCCCCCUGCAAUGAGUGUCCCUGCUGACUCUUCCAGCGCACAGUCCAUCACUUUCCACCAGAACUCGCCCCGACCACCUGUAGUACCUGGAGAGGAGACUUGUACCGGAGUCCAGUCACCACUAGUGCAAUGGGGUGGCAAGCUGUGUCGCGGGGGCUCUCCAGUCCCCACGCCACGCCGCUCCACCCUCUCGCAUCACGAGAGCUUGCCGGAAGGAUGUGCACCAUUGGGGUUCGAACCAGAGGGAAGCAGUUCGCCAAGUGCGCGAGAGCCACAAUCACCACCUUCGUGUCUCCGGUGGGCACGGUGUCUGCCUGCUCUGCUGGAGGAUCCGGAUGGAGUGGAGUUGUUCAGACGGUACCUAGAGGGCGAAGGACGCAGCCAUGCAGACGCGCUCGACUUCUGGUUUGCUUGCGAGGGCCUGCGCAAACAGACCGAUCCGGAAAAGAUAAGCCAACUUGUACGAGUCAUUUACAGGCGGUACUUCUUAAAGACGCAGCUUGGUGUGAGCGAAGAGUUGCGGAAGUCUGUAAACCGACGAAUCAAGGAUGGCGGGGAACUAGAUUGUGGUGUAUUCACCGAGAGUCAACAAGAGGUGGAGCGAAUAAUCACCGACACAACCUACCCCAACUUUCUGCGCUCAGACGUGUAUCUCAAUCAUGUCCAGGCAGCACAGAAUGGCUCUAGCUCGUCAAGUGGUAGUGGCAGUGGGAGCAGUGGGCGGGAAGGUCUAAUUGGUGGAGGGAUGCUGGCUACGGUCCACGAAGACUCUGAGCUUACCGAGACUCCCCUUCCACUCACUCGAGACAUGCUGCUGGUCACACAGAAGCGACGAGCAACCGAACUCAGGCCUAAACCUGAAGCCUAUGCUGGUGUGUUCUUGCAAACGCAUGUGCCCAAGGCCCGGAUGCCCUACUCCUCUUACAACCCUGUCUCCCGCCAGGACUCAGAACUGCAGAGCCUUAGUUCGGACGCCCGCACAGAGUCGGACAACAUGUCCCUCACCGACAGCUCUCUGGAUGGUGUUUCGAGUAGCAGCCAUCAUAGGUUCUCCAGGAAACAAUACCAGAGACACUACAGACAAGUGAAGGAGGCGGCUAAUCUCAACCGGGAUCUCUAUAUGCAUCACACAUUCAUACCAAGGACACAGCGGAUUCAGAAAGAACAGGUGCAUCCGAUGAAACCUGAUCAAUUUGCUGCUAUUUUGAUUGAGAAACUGGAAAGCGUGAAGAGAAAUCAAGAAGCACAAGAGAAAUUGGAUCGUAAAUUGCAAGAGGCUGAAGUUUUACCGCCAGAACUGACAGCGGCGGUACAACGCAGUCUGACAGACACAAUACGUGAGAAAUUGCAACUGGAUGAUGACAAUGAUCAGGAUAUCCUAGACCAGCAUGUGUCUAGAGUUUGGUCUGACUUGACGCCAUCUCGUUCACCUGGUCUCAUCUCUCCCCGUCCCAAGAGCCCACCUCAUCGCAGCAGAGUCAACCUGCCUCUUGCCAAGGGUAGUUGUGGUUCCAGUUUACCAUCACAUGUCAAUGCUGCGCCACCACACCCUUAUCAGACCAGACCUUACACUCGAUAUCCACGGAAAGACAAGGAUGUUUUCUCAACAUUCUCGUCGGACUCAGGGAAUGUUCACGAUUUCACAGAGGGUUCAGAACACAGACAUCACUUGCCAAAGAGUAAAUCGAUGCCUGACUACACAGAAACAUACCCUCAAGUUCCAGGUCACGAUUCGAGGUUGAGGCAGAGUCGAGGCAAGUGGAGCAGUAAGAAGACAGAGUUGACAGACAGCGGAGUCAGCGUAGUGAGUGACACGCCUCCAGUCAGUAUGGCAUCACAAUUCAAGGACAAUUGGGUGAUGUCCUGGCUGAUGGAGAGCGGAACAGGGACAGGUGGUGUGGUGUCAACUCACAGCGAGCGUGAGAGUGUAUCAUCAUGUGGCAAGCACUCACACCGCCGUCGGUCCGCCUCACCGCCUGCUCCUGCUCAGCCGUUCGUGGCGGACCCAAGUAUGCCCCCGUUGCCCAGUCCUCACACUCCCACUCAACUGGAAGAGGCCAGGAGACGUCUGCUGGAGGACGAGCUGCGGACCAAACAGUCAAGGCCGAGGUUUGGUGUCUGCAGCAAAGCAGAAGCUUCUCAGUCUGGCGGCUCCACUCUCCGUCGUGGUGGGGGUGGGAAUGGUGGUGGUGGGGGAAGUGGUGGAGGCAAAGCUUCCACCAGCAGUUACACUAUUGUUGUUUUCUCGUUUUGUGAAGAGCAGUUUCCAUACCGCACCAGAAUACCAGGGAAGCAGGUCACUCUGCGGCAAUUCAAGGAGUAUCUGCCAAAGAAAGGCUCUUACAGGUACUUCUUCAAGACAGAAUGUGAGGAUCUUGAUAUGACUGUCAUCCAAGAGGAGAUAACAGACGACAACGAUAUUCUGCCUCUGUGGGAGGGGAAGAUAAUGGCUCAGGUGAAAGCAGCGGAUUGAAUGAACAAACAACUUGCAAUAUUCAGAAAUUCAAGUCAGACAGAUGGGAAGAAGGUGUCUCCGUGCGGAUAGGAGAUUGAUAAGAUUCUUUCAACAAAUGCUCAAUAGGGUGGAAGUUUCAAGCGCACAGGUGGCUUGCCUUAUGUCGGACACUUUAAAAAAAUGUUAUUUUCUCACAUUUUUGUAUUAAAUUUUUUUUUCAUAAUCAUAAAUUUUUCCUGAGAAGUGGAUCAUAGCAAUGUAGUUAAGAAUGUGCGUUUAUUCUUAUAUUCUUUUUGUUCAUUAAAAUUUGAUACUGCAGCGAAACGUGGACUGCUUGACAAGCUUAAGGUAUCAAAGUUUGAGAUUCAUAAAGGUAUCAAGUUAUCGUUAAUGAUUAUUAUUAAUCAUAGUCUUGUACAGUGUACUAAUUUAUUUCUGUUGACUAUCAGUGAUUUUUUAUAAUUGGUUCCGACUCAUGUCCGACGCUUUAAGGAAGAAAAGACGUUUAAGAAAACGACUUACUUAAAUGUUUUAAAAUGUGCCUUGUUAGUGUCUAGAGGAUAUGAAAACAGUGCCGUUUUAAUUGAGUUUGAUGGUUUUUAUGUUUAUUUUUGUAAUAUUCGUUGACGUCUUGUUUAGUUUCGGUCUUAACCUGGUGUAUUGACUGUUCAGAUUUGGUUCUGGGUUGAUUAUGGUUGGCCAGCAUUGACUUUCACCUUAUUGCCCUUACAGAGUUUUAUAUAGGCUUAACAAUAUCGUUGUUAAAUUUUUAGAGUUUUAAUUGAUACAGGUUGAUGAGGGAAUCAUGCGAGCGACGCCAGUGAUUGUGUCUCAAACCCACUUUGUUCCUAUCUGCAUGAGAUGAGUUUUGUUAGUUACAAAAGUCAAUGCUGGACACCAAAGAGUUAGACGGUGGUGCAGAUUUUCUUAAAUUCACCUUAAAUGGUUCUAUUGAACCAAGAAAUACUCCUUGUUCAGUUAAGUACAACAUGCAACGAUUUCCUGUUUGUUAUUUGUUGGGGUGAUAAACAAUCUCAACAAAUUUAUUUGUAAGAUUUCAAGUAUUUAAGGGAAACUAAACAAAUUAAAUGAUAUUGGUUGAAAUUUAAAAUUAAGUAUAAUAUUAAAUACAUAUAGAAUAUAAAAAACAGGAAAACGUUUUAUUUUAAAAUUUUAAUGUUAGAUGCAUUUAGCAUACUGAAGUGAUGGAUUAUUAGUAAUAUUGACAUCACUGAUUCAUCAUUAAAGCAGUUUUAAUUUUCAUGCAUUAUCACCUUUGCAGGUGAAAGCAAAAAUUUGUAGGUAUACAAUAACCAAUUGAAGUAUCACCGUCUGGCGGGUUGUCUUGGUUCCUUUCCUCUCGCUAAACUUGAAAUGUUCAAAUGUAGUUUUAUCGAUGAACAAGUUCCUGCCUUGACUUGUUUGUUAUCUCGUAGGCACAUGUUUGUGCGAGUCUGUUCAGUGCACAAGGGCGGCAGCUGUGUUGGUAUUGUUGUAUUUAAUUGUGGGAUUCAUCAGUUGACUUUGUUACUAUUUGGUUGAGAACCAAUAAUCCUAUGCUGGUUCUCUUUCUUCUCCAAACAUUUGGAUGAUUACUUAUAAACUUGUAGCUUAUUUAAUUUUGGUCUUUAAGAGAACAAUUUUUCUUCAACCAUUCAUUAUUUAUUAAUUAUAUUUAUAAAACCUUUAUGUAGAGAUAACAUUAAAAUUAUAAUAUGGGUGAAAAUAUAUUUUUUAUCAAAUUUUGAUAUUAAUUAUGUUGAGUAUAAUUUUUAUUUUUAUUCAAGAGCAAGAGGCUGUACAGUUGAAAAUAUCAGACUCUAAGUCUGGGUUAAUAAUACUUGUAUAAGUUCAAAUCCUGCCUUAAGAGCACAUUACAACUUGUUUUGUUAUGACUCUUCCCUUCCCACUGCUCUGCUGUUGGUAGAGGAGUCCAUAGGAGUCCAAUAGGAGUCCCUGUAUAGUUCAAUAAUAUUUUAGGAAUAAGCAGAGUGUGAUUACAAAAGAGAAUAGCGUAUCAUUAAAACAAACAAACCUGAUCUUUUUCUAUGACAGAUAAACAGGGCUAAUUUGAAUAGUUCAAUAAUGAAAUAUGAAAGCUUCACCAGCUUGUAUUUGAUUGAACAUUAUCAAUGAAAACUCUUAUCACUUGAACGUCCAUUACGCCGUCCUUAAUUUUGGCAACUGUUGAAUCCCACUUGCUAUUUUAAUUUAUUACCUCAUCUAGUUAAGAUAUAAAGUGCUAAUAAACAGCUUUGUAUAUAUUUUUUACAAGUCAAAUGCUUAUCACAUUUUAAUAUUAAUUGUUUUUUAAUUUUAGGUAUUUAUGAGUUUUAAAAUAUGACUUGUACUUGAGAGUUAGACGUGGUUAAGUGACUAGUUCAUGUAGUAUAUGUAUUUUUUAGUAAUUUAUCAAAUUUGUAAUCGUGACAUAAUUAUAUAUUUUUGUCUUGUACACUAUUUUCCAACCGAUUGCAUCUUAGAAAAAGAAUAAACCAAUUUACUAGAUCAGUAAUAUCUGUAAAUGGUACAUGAUUGUAAGGUAAUAGAAUAUUACAGUAAAAUCAAUGUAGGUUUUAAUAGGUGGACCAAAUCAAAAACUAAUUAUUUAUGGGCGUAAAAUAAUCAAACAAAACUAUUUGUUUUAUUUAUUGUUUUUAAUUGGAAUUGUAUUGUUUGUUAUAAUACACAUUUAUAAAUUAAAUUUUUAUUUUGAUGCAAUUUUCUAUGUAAAUUAUUUUUAAUAUUAACAUAAUUAACUGAAAUGUCAAUAAAUACGUUUUUAGAAUGUUGUA